CGCCAUUUGUUGAAAGCGGAGGCCAACGCGGAGCCAUGGAUGGGCCGCCCUUGCAAGAGAGCGCCUGCUCGCUUCCUGCCGCCGAAUCUUCUCCGCCUUCAAGACGCACCGCCAUGACCAAACGCGCCUCGCCAAGCGCCUCGCCAAGGCGACCCCUGUCCUUCUCCAUCUGUGGUGAGCCAGUAGAUGACAGACAACCAUGCCUUUCUGCAGCGCUGCAGGCCACUGCGCUAGCUAUUGUUUGUUGCGCUGUCGCCGUGUUCAGCUGCCGUGCUGCUGUAUGUGGUCCCUUUCUUCUCGUGCAAUAAUUCCAAUGUGGCAGCAGCACCGGCCGGCUCGAAUGGCAUUUCCCUGUCCGAAGACAAGUGGUGGAACCCCUUCCCGGCCGACAACAGCAGCAGUGGCGAGGGGGGGAGGGCCCCUUCUGCCACUGCUACUGCUACUGCUGCUGCCACUUCGACAGGGGGCAACAACGUCAGAGGUCAGGACCCCAGCAACCACGACCACAAGGUGUCGGCAUACGCCUCAGCAAACAGCACACAAGGCGCUGAGGAGCUCACCGACGCCGACCUAUUGACCAAUCCUCUCGCCGCCAAGACCCAGAGGGAAGAGGAGCCGGAGGAGGCAGAGGUGGAGGUGGAUGUGGCGGCAGAAGGAGAGGAAGAACAAACACCGCCCCCGGCCGACACCGGCAGUGUCAACGAGCCCGAGCCCGAGCCCGAGACCAUGCCCGAGAAGAAGGCAAACGUGGCGAUGCGGUCGGUGUGUUUCGAGUCGGGUCUCGAGUAUGGGAUCAAGGGCCAGGAGGGCACAGCCGCCCCUCUGGCCGUGGUGGGGGAGGUGCCUGGCGUGGCGUCCGCCCCCGACUGUCAGCAGGAGUGCCUUGCGCAGGAGGCGUGCACGCACUUCACAUGGGACUCGCAGGAGCUGCUGUGCAGCCUCAAGAACUUGCCGAAGAGUGAGAGCGAGCAGGAGACCCUCAAGGCCGACUCGACCGUCACAUCAGGCCCUCGUGUGUGCGGUGAGAUGCCAUGCCCCACCCAGCCACCCACCUAGCCGCUGGCAGGCACUCACACACUUCUGAUCUGAUUGGUGUCUGCGCGUGCCUGCCUGCCUGCAGGUGUGGACAUCCCUUAUUGCGCCGAGCUGGACGUUGACAUAGAUGCGGAGGGCAGCGGGAUGGUGGAAGACUCGCCCUCGCCCAAGGCGUGUUCUGAGUCGUGCCGCGAGACUCGAGAGUGCGACUUGUUCGUGUGGGGAUGGGGCGGCGAGAACACCACUUGCUGGAUGAAGAAGCUGCCCCUCAAUGGGAAGAUCCCCAAGGCCGGCGUCGUGUCGGGCACCAAAUCAUGCUCUUGUAAGCAGAGCGGUGUGGUGACAAACAGUGAACACUCACAGCACCAAUCUAUCAAAUCAAUCGUCUUUUCCCUCCCUCCCUUUUGUCUGUCGUCAGCGCCCGACAUUGGGCACACGUACCAGAAGGCCUCCAUGAAGCCAUUCGCCUCGAGCUCACUGGCCAUCCCGGUCCCCGACGACCCGCCAUGCUUCACCCUUGGCCAGUCCAUCAAGGGCACAGAGGAGGCCGUCCUUGAGAGGACCGAGUCGGCCGAGCGGUGCCAGACGCUCUGCCAGAUGUCCGGGACCUGCAAGGCCUUCACAUUCGACGUGCUCACUAACAUGUGUCGGCUCGAGGCGGACGAGGGGGCUUCGCGUGUGGAGGCCCUGGCGACUUUUGUGUCGGGCCCCCGCACCUGUGGGUGGCCUCGAUUCACCGACGAUGCCGGGGCGGCCGGGACAGAGGGGCUGUCAACGGAGACGGCCGGCAAUGUGACCCCUCAGGCUGGCGCCGCGAUCGGUGCGGACGACUGGUUCGUGGAGGCGACUUUGGCCAAGAUGGACCUGAAGCAGAAGAUCUCGCAGAUGGUCAUCGUGCCCAUCGUGUUCCUGCAAGACCCGGCCAUGCUGGAGGAGUGGUCCAUCGGUGGCCUCUUGUGGAUCCCCGGCUGGUUCAGAGGCGAGAAGUCGUCCAAGGGCAUCGUCAACGCGUGGGACAACUUCUACGACAACGCCAUCAAGCCCACAGGCGGGCGGGUCCCCAUCCCGCCCCUCAUCGCCACGGACGCCAUCCACGGCCACAACAACAUGCCCGGCGCGACACUAUUCCCACAUAACAUAGGUCUCGGGUGUGCCAACGACACCGACCUGAUGCGGCGGAUCGGCAGGGCAACGGCUGCUGAGGUGUCUGUCACGGGCGUGGACUGGACCUUGGCGCCCACUGUGGCCGUGACGCGUGACGACAGGUGGGGGCGGACCUACGAGUCGUUCGCUGAGGAGCCAUACACCGCCAAGAGACUCAUCGGCGCCCUCGUCAGGGGGAUUCAGGUGUGCUGGUGAACGGAGAGAGAGACACGCCGACACAGAGAGGUGUGUGUGUGUGAGUGCGCAGGGCGAGUCGGAUGACCCCAAGACCUUUUUGAAGGACGGUAAGUUGCUGACGACGUGCAAGCACUUCAUCGGCGACGGUGCGCCGGUGGGCGGUAUCACCGACGGCAACGUGCUGCUGGGCGAGGAAGAGCUGAGACGAGUGCACCUGCCGCCGUUCAGGGCGUGCAUGUCGGAUGGCAAGGCGCAGGCAGUGAUGCCCUCGUUCACCCUCUUCAACGGCGUGCACAUGCACGCCUACAAAUUCCUUAUCACCGACGUGCUCAAGGUGACUUGAUAGAUACCCAUUUGUCGCGCAUCCUCUCUCUCUGUUGGCUCCUUCAGCACACAUUUGACUUUGACGGCUUGGUGGUGGGAGAUUGGAGUGCGCACAGGGCGGUCAAGGGCUGCACGGUCAUCGACUGCCCGGAGACCAUCAAUGCGGGCGUGGACAUGCUCAUGGUCGGCGACGGCAUGGACAACUGGCAGAAGUUCAUCACCAAUACCAUGCGGCGCGUCAGGGAAGGCACCAUCCCCCUCUACCGGAUCGACGACGCCGUCCGACGCAUCCUCACCGUCAAGAUGAGGUACGGCCUCAUCGGACCCGACGGCUCCAAAGUCAAGGGCAAGCCAUCCACACGGAAAUACGCCAACCAAUACGACCUCCUCCACUCAACCGAGCACGCCGCACUCGCGCGCGAGGCCGUCCGCAAGUCACUCGUCCUUCUGAAGAACAACAACGCCGCGCUGCCACUGCCCAAGGGCGGGAGUGUGUGGGUGGUGUCUCGGCUGACGGCCGGCCGCAAGGUGCUGCCAGGGAAGCCGCCGUACGAGGGCGCCGACUCGCCUUUGGCCAACUGGAUCCCCGCCAUGACGGGGGCGUGGUCGCUGGAGUGGCAGGGCGACAACAUCGGCAACAAGGAGUUCCCUCAGGCCACGUCGGUGUGGAAGGGCAUCAAGCUUAAGGCCGCUCACUACGGCGGCAGUGCGUACCUGAGCGAGAUGGAGGCGGACGACAGGCCCCCUGAGGCCGUCGACACGGUGGUGGUGGUGCUGGGGGAGCUGCCCUAUGCCGAGGUGUAUGGCGACCUCGGAGAGACCAGCCUGGCACUGCACGCCAGGUGGCCAACGCACCUGUGUGUGUGAUGUGAUGGACUGAUGCAUUUCUCCCUACCUAUGUGUGUGGUGUCUGUCUGACCGUCAGGUACCCCCGUGACCUCGAGCUGCUGGAUAAGGUCAAGGCGACUGUGUCGACGAGCACCAAAGUGGUGUGUGUGCUGCUGUCCGGCCGCCCGCUGUACGUCAACCCCCAUCUCAACCGAUGCGACGCCUUCGUGGCCGCCUGGCUGCCGGGCACCGAAGGCGGCCUGGGCAUCGCUGACGUCCUCUACGGCGACAGACCCUUCUCGGCCAAACUCAGCUACUCGUGGCCAGCACGGCCCUGCCAGGCCGUGGUCAACGAUGGGAGCGGUGAGGUCCCGCUGUUCCCCUUCGGCCAUGGGUUCACUUAUGAGGAGGGUGCGCCUGAGCUGGGGUGGCUGGAGGAGUUCUGGGCGGAGGAGUGCGCCAACCAGGGCAUCGUCAUGCGAAAGCGAUUCGAGCAGAGCCAAUGAUAUGAUGCUCGUCUGGUGGUGGUGCCUGGGGUGAGUGUGCAGAUCAGAUGAUGGGAUAUGGGCGGUAGGUGGGGGGCUGCGUGUGCUCGACGUGUGGAUGGAUGGAUGCCGGUGGGUGCAGGCAGAUGAGAUAGAUGGUAGGUACGAGUAAGUGUGCAAGUGUCUUUCUCUGUCUGUGGAUCGAUUCGAUGGGGUGAUACUCACAUCACACGCAUCACACAAAUGGGGGCUGGCUGGACGUGCCCACAAGGUGCACACACACAUCCCUGUUUGCACAUGUGUGUGCACUAAUUCACCACUGGAUGGACGGCGGCACAUAGCAUAACAUCGAUAGCUAGCUAGAUAUCAUCGCACUCACUUGCAAAGCCGACAGACAGACAGACAGACAGACGAGUGUGUCUCCUCUGCAGCACUUUUGUUUAUGUGUGGGUGGCGCUGCGUGGCGUGGGGCGGCGGGCGUUUUGUAAUUUGAGAUGGUCUCUUCUUGUGCUGCGGGUGCAUCAGACCUGGUGUGUCAAUCAGUUGUGUCGUUGCCCAAGCCAUCGCACUGACUGACUGACAAUCCGCCUUUAUGGUUUUAGCCGUACGUAUAUCCACGUAUGUAUACUUCCAAAAGAUCGGAGGUUUGGUAAGGCCAGGCGUCUGUCUAUCGCCUCGUGUGCACGUCUGUCUGUCUGUCUGCCCGGCUGUCUGUCUCUUUGUGGAUAACACUGGAUGUGCAAUCAAUGUGGCUGAGGACUCACUCGGUUGUGUGCACUUGCUUCCCUUGCGUGUCUGUGCCGUGCGGUGGUGCGGUGCUGCGGUGAAGACCUCAGAACAUUUAUAAUACACAAUUGAG